AGAGAACAAAAGAGAGUCAUCUGUGGAAAGAAAAAGGAGCGGAAUAGAUCAAAAACAGAGAUAAUCGAAGGAGCAGAUCGAGCAAAUGGAGUGCGUAUUCGGACUUGUCGGAAAUGGCUUCGCGAUUGUGGCGGCGGAUACAUCUGCGGUGCACAGCAUCCUAGUCCACAAGUCCAACGAGGACAAGAUCAUGGUCCUCGAUUCUCACAAGCUUAUCGCUGCUAGUGGCGAGCCCGGAGACAGGGUUCAAUUCACCGAGUACAUUCAGAAAAACGUGGCCCUCUAUCAGUUCCGUAAUGGGAUCCCUUUGACCACUGCCGCCGCUGCCAAUUUCACGCGUGGCGAGCUUGCCACUGCUUUGCGCAAGAGUCCAUACUUUGUGAACAUCCUUCUUGCUGGCUAUGACAAAGAGACAGGCCCUUCCCUCUACUAUAUUGACUACAUUGCUUCACUUCACAAGGUUGAGAAGGGAGCUUUUGGCUAUGGCUCCUAUUUUUCACUCUCAAUGAUGGACAGACACUUCCAUAGUGGAAUGUCAGUGGAGGAAGCAAUUGAUUUGGUUGAUAAGUGCAUCUUGGAAAUAAGAUCCAGGCUGGUUGUGGCCCCACCAAACUUUGUCAUCAAGAUCGUUGAUAAGGAUGGAGCAAGAGAGUAUGCAUGGCGCGAAUCGGUAAAGGAAGCUUCUGCUCCCCCAGCUUAAGUUAGUCACCAAACUUCAUUUUAUUUUUACCCUUUCAGCUUCUUUCACUUUAAUGGUAAGAUGUGUUGUGAUAUGUCUGCAAAUCUUGGUGUAGAAUUACUUGAAAGCGUAUAAAUUGUGACUUGAGUCGAUUUAUCUCUGGACUAGUGCUUCUCAUGAAAUGACAACGUGGCAAUUUAUGAAGCAUACUUGAUUUUAA